UCCGUUUCCGGUCAGGCUUCCAGCCAGAGAGACAAGAGACCGGCGGCUGGGAUUGGGGGCGGAAAGGGCUUGAGGGGGUCCCGGGGGAUGAGGCGGCCUCCGCCGCCCCCCCCCUCCCUUCCUUUCCCCGGUUGGGCUCGGAGCCCCGCCCCCUGGCGCCAAGAAGCCACUCCCACCCUCCCGCGCGCAGGAUGAACCGCCCGAAGCCCGCGGCUGCCCGCCGCCCUAGCGCCGUCGUCAAACCCUCCGGCCACCCUCCUCCGGGAGAUUUCAUUGCCUUGGGUUCGAAAGGCCAGGCCGGCGAGUCGAAGGCGGCCGCCACGCUGCUGAAGCCCGCCUCGGCCGGCCUGCCCUCCGAGCGCAAACGGGAGGCCUCGGCCGCUUUGGCCGGCACUUCUGGGCUGACCAGCCUCUCCAAACGGCCCAAGCUCGCCUCGACGCCCCCGCUCAGCGCUCUGGGGCGCUUGGCCGAGGCGGCGGUCGCCGAGAAGCGAGCCAUUUCCCCCUCUAUAAAGGAGCCGUCGGUGAUUCCCAUUGAAGUGGCCCCGACGGUUCUCCUGGAUGAGAUCGAGUCUGCGGAAGCGGAAGGCAACGAUGAUCGCAUCGAAGGGGUGUUGUGCGGGGCGGUGAAGCAGCUGAAGAUGAACCGGGCCAAGCCUGACACCACCCUGUAUUUGAGUCUGAUGUACUUGGCCAAAAUCAAGCCAAACAUUUUUGCCACGGAAGGAGUGAUUGAGGCGCUGUGCAGCCUCCUCCGCCGAGAUGCCUCCAUCAACUUCAAAGCCAAAGGCAACAGCCUGGCCUCCGUCUUGGCCUGCAACCUUCUCAUGGCGGCGUACGAGGAAGACGAGAACUGGCCGGAGAUCUUUGUCAAGGUGGAGUGCUGA